UUGGGUCGAUUCGGGACCAAACUGGCCAGCACCCUGUUUCAACGCCAGCACGAGGUGUUGGCGAUCGACGCCGAUGAGCAGAAGGUGCAGGCGAUGCUGGGUCAGGUGACCUAUGCCGUGGAAGCCGAUGCGACCAAUGAAACGGCGUUGCGUGAUUUGGGCGUGGCGGAUAUGGAUGUGUGCAUCGUCGCGUUGGGCAGCCAGAUUCAGUCGAGCAUCAUCACGACCAUGCUGCUUAAAACGAUGGGAGUGCCGUUCGUCAUCGCCCGAGCAACUGAUGCGCAGCACAGCGAAAUCUUGCACCGAAUUGGCGCCGACAAGGUAAUAUUCCCGGAAGAAGAGGCCGCAGUGCGCGCCGCCAGCCUGAAUAUGACGCCCAAUGCGAUAGAGUACAUGGACAUUACCGAAUCCACCGGGGUGCACAAGCUGCGGCCACCGGAACGGAUGCGGGGGCGACGGCUGCGGGAUGUUGGACUGGCGCAGGAUUCCACCAACCCACGCCUGGCGGUGAUGGUGUUGCGUCGCGCCAACGAAUAUAUUCUGAACCCCCAGGAUGACGAAGUAAUCGCCGACGGGGACGUGCUUGUGGUGGUGGGAAGCCAUGCGGAGAUCGAACGGGCAUUUGCCCGUUAG